AUGUCUCUGGUUCAGCACGUCUCUGCUCUCGAAGGUGUUGAUUUCGAGCCAGAUCCCGAUGUCGAUGAGGACUUCGUCCCGAUUGCCCGGAAGAUAAGCUACGAUGUGCUGCAUCCGACGUACGCUGCUUCCAUCGUCGAGGCUGCUCCACCUGCAACGCCUGCAUACAAGCACUCGACUGUGAAACGAGGAGUGCAAGUUGCGUUCACCAUUUUCGCGUGCUGGGUCGCGUCGGGCAUUGUGUUUGGAUUCGCUGCGCUCAAGCCUGUGCUCGUGGAGGAGGGCGUUUACCACGAGAAAUGUUCCAAGAGUGAGCUUCGCGACGGCAUCGAAUUGUGCGUGAAGCAGGACCUCGGUCUGAAUUUUUUCUUCACCGUCGCGUCGAUCACGGCAAAUGUUUCAGCUCUCCCGGUUGGAACAAUCCUUGACCGGUAUGGGUCGCGUCUCUGCGGUCUGAUCGGAUGUUUACUUCUGGCCAUUGGAAGCGUGUUGAUGAUUCUUUCUUUUCAUCUACCUGGGUUUCAGGGGUUCAUUGCGGGCAACUUCUUCCUCGCGCUCGCGGGUACAUUUAUCUUUGUGCCAUCCUUCCAAAUCGCCAACGCGUUCCCAAGGCAUGCGGGUAAAAUCGUCGCCCUUGUGACUGGUGCUUUUGACGCGUCGGCUGCGGUUUUCCUCUUCUACCGAUACGCGUACGAGGGAUCAGGCAGAACUUUCACUCCUGACAAAUUUUUCAUGGGAUACCUGGCUGUUCCGGUCAUCCUUCUUCUCGCAUUGGUGACCUUCAUGCCAAAGCGCGAUUACCAAACGACCUUCCAACUCGAAAGCAAAAUUGAGCAAGCCGAAGACCCCGCCCAGGAUGUACACUCGUCGGAUGACGAAAUCGAGAAUGCUCGAGAGCUAAUUCGUGUCCGGAGCAAGCGUGCCGAUCUUCGAAAGAAGAAGAUCCACCAACUUAAUGAAAUUCUCGGUGAUGCAGAUGUCCGACAACAGCGCGCGGACAGGGAGGAGGAUCGUCAACAGAAGAGUCAGGUUUGGGGUGUGUUGCAUGGUCUGCCAGCUCAUAAGCAGAUGGCGACGCCGUGGUUUAUACUGAUCACUCUCUUGACUGUGCUGCAGAUGGUGCGUAUGAACUAUUUCAUCGCCACCAUCCGGUCGCAAUACGAGUACAUGCUUGGCUCAGAGGAACUUGCCGACAGAAUCAACGAGUUUUUCAAUGUCGCUCUGCCUGUUGGCGGUGUUCUGUUUACUCCCUUCAUUGGAUAUCUCCUCGAUCGACUGAGCGUGCCGGCAAUGCUGGGUCUGAUUGUCGCGUUUACCACGAUCAUCGGCAUUCUCAACUCCAUUCCUGCACUGUGGGCGGGAUACAUGACAGUUUUUCUGUUUGUGCUGCUGCGACCGCUUUACUAUUCCGCAAUGAGUGACUAUGCCACCAAGGUCUUCGGCUUCGCUACAUUCGGUCGCGUUUACGGCUCCAUUAUCUGCUUGUCAGGACUCGCCAACUUCUCCCAGUACGGAUUGGACGCUCUUACUCACGGGCCGUUCCACGAAAAUCCAAUCCCCAUCAAUGCGACUUUGGCAAUCGCGGGGUUUGUAGUCGGCAUCGCCCUCGUGACUUAUGUGUCCAUCGCAAGCAGAAACCACACCCCUUUCGACGAACACGAGGAUGAAAGAGAGCCUCUAAUCCAGGAAGAAGAUGAAAGUGACGAUGAGUUGUCAUUUGGGACCUUUAGAAGAUAG